AUGCAGCAUCUUGGAAAGCAACAAACUUACCGUUUUCUGUUGGCCCUAGCUGGCCAUAAAAUGGAGGACCUUCUGCAGUCAAUCAACACAGCAAUAGGGAUGGCAUUGGAGAGGCUGCCAGAGGCCAGGUACAACACAGCGAUGCUGCACUUCCUGUGCCAAGAGAUGCGGAAAGUGAAGGACCUUUUGCCACGAUUAUCUGAACAGCUUGCAGGGGAAGUUGACUGUGACCUGCUGAGAAUUCUGAAGGGCGAAGUAGAGAAGGGUACUGCCCUUGUGAAGGGGCAUGCCCGGGCAUUCGAUCUUCGCACAUACUACAAAGUUGGCAAAGUGUGCCUGCAAGUGGAUCGAAUGUGUGAAGCAUUCAAAGAGUGCUUCUUGGACAUGGGCAUGCCAGAAGAAUCGCUGUCGUUUGUGACCAAGGUGGAUGAAGUUUGUCUUGAAGAAGACAGGAGAUACCUGUAUUGGUAUUUGACCUGCAUACUUGAUGGCAGAGAUAUUGACAGGAAGGUCACAGAUGAGGUUCGGCUGGAGCUGGAAACUUUGAUUGCCAAGGAGCGAAGUCGCAAGGAAUUUGUGAACAUUAUCCAAGAUGCAGAAAUAGUGCAGGGUGUUGAAAUUGGGGAAGGCGGUUAUGGACAGGUGUUCACUGCGCGUUGGAAUGGUCAUGAUGUGGCUUUAAAAAAGCUGAGGGCUGAUCUCAGUGUGGAGGCACGUGCAGAAUUCUUCAGUGAGGUUGAGUUGCACAUCCAAAUGAACCAUCCCAAUGUGGUUCGUUGCUUUGGUGCAAGCACCAACAAUGCCAUCGUCAUGGAAUUGGCAUCAUCUGACUUGGAAGAGUACUGUCAACAGCGUUCGUUUGAGUUGACAUUGUCAGAAACGGUCCAGCUCAUGGCAAGUGCAGCUGCGGGCUUGAGACAUCUACACAAUUCAAACAUACUUCACAGAGAUGUCAAGACAUCGAAUUUCUUGGUGUUCACUUCGCCGGAUCAUAGCCAUCCCAUUGUUAAGAUAGCAGAUUUCGGUUUGGCGAUUGCCAAAACUGAGACGAGAUCGAAGACUGCAUGCCCAGUGGCAGGGACUUUACCUUUCAUGGCACCAGAGGUGCAUGAAGGGAGGCCGCACAGUCACAGUUCGGAUGUGUUCGGCUUUGGUUUGACUCUAUUUGAGCUUGCAGCUUUGAGUCCGCCCUACAGGGGCCUCAGAAGCGAAAUUGUGAUACAGAAAAGGAAGAAGAGUGGAGCAGAUCCUGGCGUCUUCCCAGAGGACUGUCCUCAAGAACUGAUCGACACUGUGAGGCACUGCAUUGACCCUGAUGCCAUGAAAAGACCCAGCAUGGCUGCAGUGGUUACUGAAUUGGAUAAGCUCUUCACCAAGAUCGACCACGGCAUCAAAACACAGACAAACGCCACUCAGAGUGGUGGCAGCUUUUGA